AUGCCUGUCUCUUCCAACUACCCAACGGUCGACAUUCCGGACCUUGACCUGUGGUCGUUCUUGUUUGAGCGCAAGGACAGGCCAUUCCCUGAUGAUAAGAUUCUCUACCAGGAUGCGGACACCCAGCGUCACUACACGUAUCAGUCCCUGAAGGAUGCCUCUCUUGAGUUUGGAAAAGGUCUCAAAGCCACAUAUGACUGGCGCAAGGGUGAUGUCUUGGCCCUCUUCACCCCUAACAGCAUCGAUACCCCGGUGCUCAUGUGGGGUACCCUCUGGGCGGGCGGCAUUAUCUCUCCGGCCAACCCGGCCUACACGGUCGAUGAGCUCGCCUUCCAGCUGAAGAAUUCCGGUGCAAAGGCACUCGCAACACAGGCCUCAGUGCUGUCCGUAGCAGCGGCAGCGGCGAAGAAAGUCGGCAUUUCGGAAGAUCACAUCAUCUUGCUGGGUGACCAGCGGGACCCUGAUGCUCGGUAUAAGCACUUCACUUCCGUUCGAAACAUCUCCCGUGCCACUCGGUAUCGUCGACAGAAAAUCACGCCCGCCACGGAUAUCGCCUUCCUGGUCUACUCGUCUGGUACUACCGGUGUGCCCAAGGGUGUCAUGUUGUCGCACAGGAAUAUCGUCGCCAAUGUUUUGCAGCAAGUAACCGGGGAGGGUGGAAACUUGAGCUGGAACGGAGGCCCUGAUGGAAAGGGCGAUCGUGUUUUGGCAUUCUUGCCAUUCUAUCACAUCUAUGGUUUGACCUGCUUGCUCACCCAAUCCUUAUACAAGGGCUACCACCUUAUCUGUAUGGCAAAGUUUGAUAUUGAGAACUGGUGCGCCCAUGUACAGAACUACCGCGUGACAUUCAGUUAUAUCGUCCCCCCGGUGGUACUUCUCCUGGGCAAGCAUCCCGUCGUCGACAAGUACGACCUCUCUAGUCUGCGGAUGAUGAACUCUGGUGCUGCACCGCUCACCCAGGAGCUGGUGGAGAAGGUAUUCGCGCGCAUCAAGGUUGGAAUCAAGCAAGGUUACGGUCUCAGCGAGACCAGUCCCACCACUCACUCCCAACGGUGGGAGGAUUGGCGCGAUUAUAUUGGUUCCGUGGGUCGUUUGAUGCCUAACAUGGAAGCCAAGUAUAUGACUAUGCCUGAGGAUGGUUCCGAGCCCCGUGAAGUCGCCACUGGCGAGGUCGGUGAGCUUUCGGUGCGUGGACCGAAUGUCUUUUUGGGAUACCACCAGAAUCCCGCCGCCACGAGGGAGUGUCUCUCGGAGGAUGGCUGGUUCCGUACUGGUGAUGUCGGCUACCAAGAUGCCAAGGGUAAUUUCUACAUUACGGAUCGCGUCAAGGAGCUCAUCAAGUACAAGGGCUUCCAGGUGCCCCCCGCCGAGUUAGAAGGCCUUCUGGUUGAUAACCAGGCCAUCGAUGAUGUCGCUGUGAUUGGCAUUGAGAGUGAAGCUCACGGCUCCGAGGUACCUUUGGCUUGCGUUGUUCGAAGCGCGAAGAGCAAGUCCUCCGGUGCCAGCGAGGCAGAGGAGGCUGCAAACAUUGUGAAAUGGCUAGAUGGCAAGGUUGCGCCCCACAAGCGUCUGCGUGGUGGUGUGCAGUUCGUGGAUUCAAUUCCCAAGAACCCCAGUGGGAAGAUUCUGCGCCGCAUGCUGAAGCAGCAGUUCAAGGACAUCGGCAAGGGACCCAAGGCGAAGCUGUAG